AUGUCAAAACAGUUUCAACCAAUAAGUGACAUCAUCAAUACCUCACCCAAAAACAAAACUCAGUCAUUUAAUGAGCUAUAUGGCGAACCAGAAGAUUUUCUCGAAAUUGAAGUUCGUAACCCUGUAACUCAUGGAUAUGGCAAUAAUCAAUAUACCGAUUACGAAAUCAUUUGUCGAACAAAUAUACCAGCAUUUAAGAAAAGAUCAAGUAGGAUCAGAAGAAGGUAUAGUGAUUUUCUUGCAUUUAGAAAAAUUCUUGAACAAGAAACGACUAGAGUUGUAAUACCUCCAUUACCGGGUAAGAUUUUAUUGAAUAGUAAUAAAUUUAAUGAAUUAAAUAUUGAGAAAAGAAGACAAGGAUUGGAGAAGUUUUUGGUUAUUGUUAGUGGCCAUCCUUUGUUACAAACGGGGAGUAAAUCAUUGAUUGAGUUUAUUCAGAAUGAAAAAUGGGAUCCUAAGCAAAUGGUUUACUAA